AUGGACUUCAAGAACAAGAAACUGACUACAAAACUAUUUUUGCAGGGGCUUUCAACAUAUCUGAAGAUAAAGGUAACACUCUUUGCACUUUUCCUAGGGAUCUAUCUUACAACCCUUACAGAGAAUGUUAUGUUCUGUGUAGUCCUCAUCAGCCCACAAUCACACAUUCUGAUGUACUUCUUCCUCUGCAUUUUAGCCAUUCUCGACUUGUGUAUUUCAUCAUCUGUCAUGCUCUGGAUACUUUCUGACCUCAUUACCUUUCGAAGAACAAUUUCAGUUUGUGCUUGUACCCUGCAAUGCUUCAUCAUACUUCUUUUGUCUGGUACAGUCUUUUCUUCUUUCUCUCAUGGCUUAUGA